AUGUCUGGUGUUCACCUCGAUUAUGGUACUCCUACUAAGCCCAAGAUGAACGGUCAACGUGAGAAAGGUCCAUGUUCUGAAGACGGCAAAGAGGCUAACCAUGUACCGAUGAAGAAGAAGAAGAUUCCGAAAAAGAAGCUCGUUGUCCCUGAAGGUGAAAACCCUGGUGCUAAGCUUUGGUUGUAUGAGAAGGCUGCUGAGUCCAUUAUUCCUACUGAUUACCAAGCCAAUGUUAUGCCAGAACGUCUUUUCAAAGGUUUGGAUCCACUUAUUGUUCACAUGUGUACUCCAUGCAAGAAGUUCAACUCAACCCGCGAAACUGCCAAGAUUGAAGAUGGGAUGAUCCAGAUUCCUCUCGCUCUAUGCACCGUGUGUCGUUCUCAUCUCAUUGCCCAGAAAAACAUGAAGUUUUUCCAGCACGAUUGCCCAUCACUCAAGAAGGAAUUUACCGUAAAUACUGUAUUAUAA